AAAGCUUGCUGCGGGCUUCGCCUAAAUUUAAAGGGCCCGCUGCCUUCCAGAAGUUGGUCUGAAGGCAAAGGGUGGUUGUAUGUGUGGACUGCGUUUUAUCAUGGGACCUGUGCGGCUGGAGAUACUGCUUUUCAUCCUGGCAGCGUACGGUGCUUGGGCUGAGGCGACAAAAGAGGAGGAAGAUGACACAGAACGUUUGCCCAGCAAAUGCGAAGUGUGUAAGCUGCUGAGCAUGGAGCUCCAGGAAGCGUUGAGUCGAACUGGCCGAUCCCGAGAAGUGCUGGAGCUGGGUCAGGUGCUAGACACUGGCAAGAGGAAGAGACACGUGCCUUACAGCCUCUCUGAGACGCGGCUAGAAGAGGCUUUGGAGAAUUUGUGCGAGCGGAUCCUGGAUUACAAUGUUCAUGCUGAACGCAAGGGCUCACUAAGAUACGCCAAGGGUCAAAGUCAGACUAUGGCAACACUGAAAGGCCUGGUCCAGAAGGGAGUGAAAGUGGAUCUGGGAAUCCCUUUGGAGCUGUGGGACGAGCCCAGUGUGGAGGUCACAUUCCUCAAGAAGCAGGUGCGAAUACCGGUUCCCACGUCCCAGUGUGAGACGAUGCUGGAGGAGUUUGAAGAUGUUGUAGGGGACUGGUACUUCCACCAUCAGGAGCAGCCCCUCCAGCAUUUUCUCUGUGAGCGGCAUGUGCUUCCAGCCUCUGAAACUGCUUGUCUACGGGAAGCUUGGACUGGAAAGGAGAAGAUCAGUGAUGGGCAGGAGGAGGCAGAUGACGAAGAGGAGGAAGAAGAAGAAGAGAUAACCAAGACUUCAGGCAAUCCCAAGCAUGACCCAGAAGAUCUUUGACCCUUACUUUUGAACCCCAAGGAUGGGUCGUGGAGAGUUUUCUAAACUCUUGUGCUCUCCCGUCCUUCCCCGCCCCUAGGCUUCUAAUGUCUUCUUGGUAUGAUCUCGGCUAUGAUCCUGGGGACCCAGAAUGGCAACAGGAAAGGAGAAGGGUAGGGGGGAAGAAGCAGAAGCAAGUUUUGCCUUCAGGGUUGAACCACAUGCAGCCACUUAAUUGAACAAGUAUGUGGUGACAGUUUUGAAACUUUUCUCUACGUUUUACUGGUCUUCACCUGCACCGAUUGGUCAAUAGUGGUGUGAGCUGUGGGAAAGUCACUUUGCUUUUUAAAGGGUCUAUUUUAAACCCUUUCAAGAGGCCAGAGAAGAGCGAGCAGCGCAAUUGGUAGAGUGCCUGCCUAGUAUGGACAGUGAUGGGAGUUGAACCCUGAUGUGGUGGCAUACCGCUGUAAUCUCAGCACUCAAAGAAGCGUUGGCAGGAAUAUCAGAAUACCAUCCAGCUACUUGGCAGUUCGGGACCAACCAGAGCUGAACCCUGUCUUAAAGUAAGAAGCCAAAAAGAGACCCUCAAGAACCAAUAUACACUGCAAACAUGAGGCCGUAUACCAUCAAUCUGUGAAUAAGAACAGGAUGCUGGAAGAGAGUGAAGCAAUACUCGGGUUAGAUGGGGUAGACAUGUGGGCUAUAUUUCCUAUUUCACAGGUGCCAUAUUUUCUAUAUUGCUAUUAAACCUUUUAUAUAUAUAUCAGCUGAGUCCCAUUUCAAACAUGCACACAUUAUCGAUGAGGGAGCACCCAGACAGUGGGGCCAUUGGCCUGCUAUCUAUUAGUUGCUAAUGGUGUUCUUAUAAUUAUCCACCCCAAGGAUACUGGUUGGGGUUGGGAAAACAACUGUACCACUAGGACUUGGAAAAGAGGAUCAAGAGCUCAGUCUUCCUCAGCUAUGUAGCGAGCUCAAGACCAUCUUGGUCUCCUUGAGCCCCUGUAUCAGGAAAAUAAAAAACAAAACAAGAACUCAGAA